AUGAUGGUAAGCGCUGAGCGUGCGAUGGUCCAGCGACACGACAGAGCUUUAUUGUCGACAUCUGAUCAAUUGUCAGCGUCUUUGGAAGAAAGAGUUGCACCUGUUGCGGUUGAAGAAGAGGCUGGACUGCUUUCACGUUUUAUGUCGCAUUUCAAGCCUUCAUAUCUGUGGCAAAAGCUUGCAUCGUCUUGGAUCAUGAGGUUCUUCAAGCCACAUAUCUACCUGAGGUACGCCGCCAACAAAGAGGCAGCAGGUGAAAAGUUACUGAAGAAAGUGAACGCUGACCAGGCAGUGGAUUUCUUCAACAGCAAAGAAUUCCAAAAGUGGUCGAAAUAUUUCGUGGAUGCCUUCCCUGAUAAUCCAGAUGAAGCCGCUCGUCUUAUGGUGUCGACAUUGGCAACAUACCGAAUUAAAAAACUGGUCGACUCCAUUCCGACUACUAAGGUUGUCGGCGGCAAAUUAGCUUUUGGCGAACCCUUUGGAGUCGCGCUUACGAAGUAUGUCGCAGAGGCUGAGAAAGAUGCGAAGCUCAAGCCUUUUGCUGAUCUUCUUGAAAAAUCACUGGUUAAUCUCAUCAACGAAUUGAAGGCUAACGAAGGCACAAAGUCCAUCGGUGACCGACUAGAACGUGACUUCCGUGAAUUUCGCUUCAGUAACGACAAGGAGAAACUGGUUAACGUUGAUACUCAACAACCAGUGUCGAAGUUGUCCUCUCAACACGAGGUAAUAAGUAAGCCGGUUAUUCCGUUGACUCCCGCCCUAGUCAACCAGGAGGAAAAAGCUUUCGAAUUGCUAAAGGAUGUCCAACUUGACAAAGUGAAAACGGAUAUCUUUAACAGUACAGAGUUCACGACGUGGUCAAAACAAAUUGCAGAGACCUUCCCAGCUGAACUAGACGAAGGGGCUGGUCUAAUGUUGACUACACUGGUGAGACACGAUAUGGAAAAAGUGAUCGACUCCAUUCCGACUACGAAGGUUGUCGACGACAAAUUAGCUUUUGGCGAUCAUUUUGAAGUCGCGCUGAAGAACUAUAUCGCCAAUGCUAAACAUGAUGCGGAUUUGAAGCCUUUUGCGGAUCGUCUUGAAGACUCACUACUUAGACUAAGCACAAGACUUAAGGCUGAUGAGGGCUCGAAGUCCAUUGGUGAUCGAAUCGAAAAUGAAAUUUUCAAUGGAUGGUUCAGCAACAACGACAACCUAGUUGACGUACUGAAUAGACCGAUUUUGCAAGAUUGGUACUUUCGCAAGCCUCUUACUCCGAAAAAUACUCGUGCGAGCGACUUGUAUCACAAGAUAGAGCAACUAGGAAUCAGUGAACAAAAAAUUGGUGAAGCGCACUUUGAAGCUAAUGGUCAUGCUGUCCAAAUCACAGAAGAAUUGGUGGAUUACAAACUGAAUGAACUGAUGGAGAAGGUGAAUGUGAUGGAUGCAGUGAUGGCAGAUGAGUUAGGCACCAUUACUGCAUGGAUGUCGACCGCAAAAAAAUUACGAGCUGAUCCUGUCAACUCUAUAUUACCUCGGUUGAGAAAAGUUUUUAAGGAUGGGGAUGUUCUCGAACUUUGUGAGUCUGCGUUUCCGAGAGAAGUUAUGAACAAAAUACAAGAAAAGAUUGUCAAAUCAUAUUCCAGAUCACGAUCUAUCGAUUUUCUUGAAAAUCUCUCUCAAAAGGAGUUCUCGUGGAAAAAUAUUCGUUCGAGAGCGUGGAUGGAUUACAUGAAAAUAAAUUACGGCGAUAACGCGAAUGAGGAAAUGGUUUCCUUUUUGACGUCCAAAAACCCUAAAAUCAUUCCAAGUUUGAUUGAAGAAGGAGAAACAAGCGCAGAUGCUAGUGUUCUAUCGCUUACGAAUGCUCUUAAAAUGAGUCGAAAGCCGGUGGCUGAAGAGCUUCUUCCCAAAGAAAAUUAG